AUGAACUACCUACGCCGUCGCCUCUCGGACAGCAAUUUCAUGUCCAACCUGCCCAAUGGCUACAUGAGCGACCUCCAGCGGAACGACCCCCCGGAGCAGAGCCCCGCGGUGUCGCCCGGGCCGGCGGAGAGGCGCCAGUCCACCUCCGGCACCCCGCAGCCGCAGCCUCCGCAGCCGCAGCCUCCGCAGCCGCAGCCGCAGCCUCAGCAGCAGCAGCAGUCUGCAGGUGCAGGCUCUGGCUUCUUCUCCUCCAUCUCCAACGCUGUCAAACAGACCACAGCUGCCGCGGCCGCCACCUUGUCCGAGGCGGCGGACCGGGCGGGGGUCUCCAGCAGCGCCAAGAUCCUCCUGGUCAUCGAUGACCAGCAGACCGACUGGGUGAAGAUCUUCCGAGGAAGAAAGAUCCACGGGGAAUUCGACAUCAAGGUGGAACAGGCUGAAUUCUCUGAAAUCAGCAUGGUGGCGGAUUCUACAGGCAGCUACAAUGUGGACAUCGAUGCAAUCAGGAACGGACAUAAGGUUACUAAGUCCAUCAAGCCAGACUUUGUGCUGAUCAGACAACACGCCUUCAGCAUGGACAAGAACGGAGACCAUCGUAACAUCGUGAUUGGUCUGCAGUACGCUGGACUGCCUAGUGUUAACUCUUUGCACUCUGUCUACAAUUUCUGUGACAAGCCUUGGGUGUUUGCUCAGAUGUCUAGACUGUGUAAGCAACUAGGCCCAGAGGAGUUCCCACUGAUUGAGCAGGUUUACUAUCCAAACCACAAGGAAAUGAUCACCUCCCCUCACUUCCCUGUAGUGGUAAAGAUGGGCCACGCCCACUCAGGAAUGGGAAAGGUUAAAGUAGACAAUCAAUAUGAUUUUCAAGAUAUUGCCAGUGUGGUGGCACUGACCAAGACUUACGCCACAUCUGAGCCUUUUAUUGAUGCAAAGUAUGACGUCCGCAUCCAGAAGAUUGGAAACCAUUACAAGGCUUACAUGAGAACGUCUAUUUCUGGUAACUGGAAAACCAACACUGGCUCAUCUAUGCUUGAGCAGGUGGCCAUGUCAGACAAGUACAGACUGUGGGUGGACUCGUGUGCCGACAUCUUCGGAGGGUUGGAUAUCUGUGCUGUGGAGGCUCUACAUGGCAAAGAUGGCAAGGACUACAUUAUAGAGGUUGACGACUGUUCCAUGCCACUGAUCGGGGACCAGCAGGAUGAAGAUCGCGUUCAGAUUGCAGAGCUGGUGGUCUCUCAGAUGAACCAGACUGUUCCACGCACUUCCAGCUCUUCCGCUGUCCGUGCCACUGCAGGCCAACCAGCACAGAAACCAGUGUCUCCUCAGCCUGUCUCUCAGCCAAGAGUACCACAGACUCAGCAGCGCCCCUCACCUCAGGGUGGCCCUCAGCAAAGUCCCCCAUCUCAGCAGCGCCCACAGCCUCAAGGUCAACCACCUGCACAGGCCCAGCAGUCUGUUACCAGCCCUGCUACAGUUGAACCCGGUGCCCAGGCUAGAGCUCAUCAAGGACCUGUAGCACAGCCAAGGCAACAGGGUCAGGGAGCUCCUUCAGGUCAGAGAGCUUCCUCCGGUCAGGGCUCUCCUCAGCGAAGCCAGGGAGGUUCCCCUCAAACUCAGAGGCAACAGUCUGCCACCCAGCAGAAGCCACCUGCAGGAGGCCCUGGUCAGAAACCUGCAGGUGGCCAACCCCAACAGCAGAGGCCUGCCCAGCCACCUAGGCAGCAGUCACAGGGGGGUGCACAGAGGUCUCAAGGUCGCCCCGGAGGACCCACCACCCAGCAGCCUCGACCUGCUGCUGCAGGCCAGGGGGCCCCAGGUGGACGACCUCCACUGCAGCAAAAGCCUCAGCCUCCACAGAAACCCAGCCAGGACAACCCGGCUAUGGGCGGCUCUCCACAACUAAACAAGUCCCAGUCUCUUACCAAUACCUUCAACAUUCCAGAAACCCCAGCGCCACGAGCCAGCCUUAGCCAGGACGAGGUGAAGGCCGAAACCAUACGCAACCUGCGCAAAUCCUUUGCCAGUCUCUUCUCAGACUGA